CGCCGCCGCCGCCGCCGCCAGACCCGCCCCUCAGGCGGGGCGGGCGGGGAGGAAGUGGCCCGGGGAGGCCGGAAGCGCCGUUGACGAGGGGCUGGCGGAGCGGGGCGCUGGUCGCUUUGCUGUUUGUCUACUUUUUGGAAGACUCAAUCUGUUUGCCGAGCAGGCUAACCCCCCUCUGUGGCUUACUGACACCGGCUAGCGAACUAGUUGCAGGCUGUCAUGCCCUUAAGAUGUGUAAUAGAGCAUGUUGCUUCAAUGCAAAAGAUGCAACCUUAAGGCCUUUUCAGACACAGAGCACUUGACCCAACUGCUGUAGUAGCGAGAUCUCUGCUACCAUGGUUAGAAGAGGGAUUUAACCCUUGCAAAAGGAAGGAGUGAGUGUUAGCCCGAGAAGCAGCAGUUGUCCUGCAUUGGGUUCUCCCAGGCAAUGCCAAAGCAUUGCCAAUGGAUGAACUGGUGCAUGACUUGGCCUCAGCCUUAGAGCAGACUUCAGAACAAAACAAGCUGGAUGAGCUAUGGGAAGAGAUGGCCCUAAGCCCACGGCAGCAGCGGCGUCAGCUUCGCAAGAGACGGGGUCGCAAACGACGUUCAGACUUCACGCAUCAGGCAGAGCAUGCCUGCUGCUACAGUGAGGCCUCAGAGUCAAGCUUGGACGAAGCUGUCAAGGAUUGCCGCGAGGUGCUGACAGCCAAUUUCAGUGACUCUGAUGACAUGGCAGUGGUCAAACGACACCCAGCUCUCAGUGCCACCCUAAGGAGCAAGCAACACUCGUGGCAUGAGUCAGACUCCUUUACAGAGAAUGCACCCUGUCGACCUCUCAGGCGCCGACGGAAAGUCAAACGUGUGACAUCAGAGGUGGCUGCCAGCCUCCAGCAAAAGCUCAGGGUCUCAGAGUGGAACUACGAGAGGGGCUGCAGGUUCAAGUCAGCUAAGAAACAGCGUCUUUCACGCUGGAAAGAAAAUGCCCCUUGGACAUCAUCCAGUCAUGGCCUUUGUGAAUCAGGAGAGAAUAGGCCCUUCCUCAGCAAAGGGGGAAGGAAGGAGCGGAUGGAGUGUGAAGCUGAUGAACAGAAACAGGGCUCAGAUGAAAACAUGUCAGAAUGUGAAACCAGCAGUGUAUGCAGCAGCAGUGAUACUGGCCUGUUUACCAAUGAUGAGGGCCGCCAAGGAGAUGAUGAGCAAAGUGAUUGGUUUUAUGAAGGAGAAUGUGUUCCAGGAUUCACUGUCCCCAACCUUCUUCCCAAGUGGGGAGCUGACCACCGAUCUGAAGUGGAGCGGAUUGACUCAGGCCUGGACAAGCUCUCAGAUUCCACGUUCCUUUUGCCCUCACGGCCAGCUCAGAGAGGAUUUCAUGCUCGCCUGAAUCGCCUUCCAGGAGCUGCUGCCCGUUGUCUCCGAAAAGGUCGGAGGAGGCUUGUUGGCAAGGAGACCUCCAUGAGCGCUCUGGGCACCGAGAGGCUAGGUCAUGUUGUUAGUGAUCCACGCCAGAAAGAAAAGAACAAAGUGCCGGCUUCUGAUUUCCCACACACUGUGGCUUGUGCACAUGAGUUCAAUCCAUUAUCUCCUCUGUACUCUCUGGAUGUGCUUGCUGAUGCUUCCCACCGAAGAUGCUCACCAGCACACUGCACUGCCAGGCAAGCAAAUGUACACCUGGGACCACCAUGUUCAAGGGACAUCAAAAGGAAACGAAAGCCAGCUGCAGCCUCCAUGUCCAGCCCAAUAUCAGCAACUUUAUCUGUCCACAUGGAUGCAGCAGAGUCAGAGCUACCAGCAACACCAUCCCUGAGAUCCCAGAACUCUGAGUGGACAGGGAAAACACCAGCAGCCGAGAAAGCCACUAUUGCUGCCUCCAGUAACUUUUUUAAAAUGCCACCAGAGAAGAGCCCUGGAUUCAGCCAAAAAGAAGCAUUGCAACUGUAAAAGCUUGCUGGAUUUUGGAAGUGUUUGACUCUGGUGUGUGUCUUUACCAAACAUCUUGUUUGGCAGUAGUGAUAUCUUCAGUAUUGCUGCGUGAUGCAUGCCAUCAUCCAGACUGAUCUGCGUGCCCCACAUACCUAAAUCAUGCUUGUGAAUCUAUGUUUAAAAAAGGUAAUCAGUGUUGGGACCGCAGUGGCUUUUAAAAAUGUUCUUGCUAUUGCUGUAUUUAUGAUGCAUUCAUCUCUUUCCCUGAUGCCAGCUCAUAUGUGCUGGGUCGUGUACAGAUUCCUUUGGGUUUUCAGAUCUUUAUUCACCCCCUGGACAUGUUGCUUGUUUGUGCAUUUGACAUUUUUUGGGUGAAAGUCCCACUGCCGCUCAGGGAGGCAAAAGUCUCCCCCUGCUUUCUUCCAGGCCAGGAGGAUUUCUUGGCUGGGGAAUGAGGAGGGAAUGCAAACAAGUUGAAACAUGGAACCUGAAUUCUGUAUUAGCAGAAUGUUUUCAGGCCAUGUGCUAAUGGACUCAAAUCAUGUUGCUUCUAGCGAAGCAAAUACGGUGCUUGUCCAUUCAGAAAUUGCCAUUGGCUCACUGGCAGCAUGGUCCAUUAGACCUUUUCCUUCUCCCUUGUUAGGAAUGUCUUUAGUCUUGCUUGUGUAUUGCAUGUUCUUUCCUAAAUCUCCUACUGGAUAAGGAUUUGGGAGAACUACUUGGACAUAAAUGUGCAAGCUGGCAUCCUGGAAAGGAACCUGGGCCCUUGAAUAUCCUUGGACUAUGGUAGAGGAUAUACAAAACUUCCAUUUCUCAGUGUAUGAAUUAAAAAAUGACUGUUAGUGUUUCUAAAGGAUGCUUCCUGUUGAAGUUAACAUACCAUUGAACAAAAAAGCCAUUUAAAGUAUCACCUGAGUUCACAGCAUUCUGGGUAUUGAUUAGACCACUUCUGUCUCAUGUUUUCCCUCCCUUCAAAAAGUAUUGUCUGCUGUAUCUACUGGAGGUGUCUCCACUUACUGAUGAUUGUACUUUACUCUGCAGCAUACACAAAAGACAUUCUCUUCGUAGCACUUCUACUUUGCCCCCUGUUACCUUCUGUGUUGCAGAAUAUAUGGAUCGUGAUUUUUUUCCCUCUCUUUUCUUGAAUUCUUGAUCACACUCCACUCUACUUUUCUUGAAUUACUCUGGAGCUUAUUUUGGGCUACGUUUUUAGAAUAUAUACCUGCAUAGCAUGUGUCAAGGAACAGGUGGCCUCAUGGCUUCUUAAGUCCUUUAAAAUUAGGAUAUAUUUGUAUGCAUAGAACUCUUUUUGCUUUCCUCAAUGGGUAGAUCUUUCGGACAGAACCAUUUAAGCUUGUAAAAUUCAUUUUGAAUGUGGAGGUGCAGUUAGCACUCUUAAGUAGAUAACAAAAUUUGCAUGGUUUUAGUGGUUUUGCAGUGUUCUGCUCUGCCGUAUAAAUCAAAUACCUGAGGAACAGAUUUGAUUGUGAGGAUAUAAAGCACUGAUUUAUAUUUAACCCUGUAUUAAAAUGUUAAAUGGUCAUAACAUACAAAAACCAAAACUUGAAUGACUGGCUAAACCACGAUUGACAAAUAGUUAUACAGUUAUACUACAGACACACUGUCCGUGUCUGAUCCCCUAAUACCUACUUAAUCUUGGGGAGACAUCUGAAUUGGAUUUAUAUUUCACAGCCCAAGGCAAACUGUCAGAUCUGUCAUCUCUCAAAACCUUUUUUUUUUUUUCUUUGGUGGUGGUACAUCUUAGAAAUAAUUAGAACAGGGAAAGACUUUUUACCUUGCUGAAGGAGUACAGAGGUCAGUUUGGAUUAUGGGACAAGCUGUAAGGGUUUUGUGGAGGGAGGAAUGUUCCUGUUUUAAAGUAGUCAUUGGAUUGUCUUUAUUUUGUAGUUGUUUUGGGCAAUGGUGUUUAAGAGGUAGCACAGGAAGUCUCAGCACUGAAGGGCCUGUAAUCUAGAACAUGCAAAGAGAAGAUAAACCUGAAAAGUAGUAGCUUGACUAUCUAGUACUCAUGAAUACAGUGAAGGGGAAGGGUGGUCACGUUCUCCUGACAACCUGCAGAUAAAUUUUAGGAUUGGAAGCCUUGUAACCUAACUUGCAGGCUGUUUCAGUGACAGGGAGUGGUUCCCUAAAAGAGCAUUUGUGCAAUUGAGUGUUUUUAAUCUCAUGAAGGAUAUUCCACAUCCUCUCUUGGUUUGAGUCUGUUCAACAGACUUACUCAGAUUACUAAUCAUUCAGCUGAAAUUUUAAAUUUUGGCCUUCGUGGUCCCUUUUUAAAAACCAGUUCUGAUAUAUCUUGCUACAUUCUGACUAUUGUUCAGAGUAGUUCUGUUUGUCCUGUGGUGUCAGGAUGGUUUUAAAAAUUUUGAGAGAGAUGUUUGAGGUGUUAGGGAAUCAACAGCCUUCAUCUCACUCAUUGUGGCAGCAGGGCGUUGCCAGACAUGUUUUUUCUCUGGGGGCAGGGAAAGAUAAUUUAUCAGAUUUUCCUAUUGAGGUCAGUAGCACGGUUCAUCUGGUUAAGCCCUUACUUAGGUUGUAAGCUCCUAGGAGGUCUUCCUUCCCUUUAAAGGUUGAAUGUACCUGUGGCAGUACUGAGGAGUAACUGUGGCAAGCCUUGUCUUGGUAAGUCAUACUUCCUGCAAUGGCAACUUUCUGGAAGUGCCAGGAGACUGAAGUUCUUGCAGCUGCCAUGUCUUUCCUAUUUCUAGGUUAGAAUGCAUUUACAGGUCAGUCAGGUUCUCAAGCAAAUUUGAUUCUUCUGGGUGGUAGACAAGCUAAAUGAAUCAUAUAUCUUGUUACUCCAGGGUAUUUAUCAAAAUUUAUCUUCAGACUUAGGUAGCUUGAUACAGAUUUGAAUAUCUGCAGCAUUCUUAGAGGAAUAAACUAGGUCCAUUGUUUUGUCUCUUUUCCUCUAAGGCAGAUUCCUUAGAACUCACACGGUACUUGCAGUGAAGGACACAGUGCUUCAGAUGUGGAUUGCUUGAGUAGAAAGGAAUAAUAACGUGCCUUGAUUUGGUAGCUGUGCUUCUACUAAGGCAGUCCAGUAUGUGAUUAUUGUUUCAAAGAUACAUACCUCACUCAUAUUCCACUUCUUGCCCACCAGGACUUCCCAGUCUUUUUCCAGGUUUGUCUUCUCUCCAGUUGUCUUCUCUCCUUGUCCUUAUGGGAGACUUCAACUUCCCAGACAUGAACUGGGAAUACUAUACUGCUGUGACAAGCAAGUCUGGGAAAUUCUUGGAGUAUGUUGAAGAUAAUUUCUUGUCACAAGUACUCACUGAGCCAACUAGGAAAGAUGUCCUUCUAGACUUGUGAUUUGUGAAGAGAGAAGGACUUGUGGGAGAUGCGAUGGUAAGUGGCUGUCUUGGCCACAGGGAUCAAGAAAUGGUUGAGUUUAAAAUUUUUGAUGUAAUGAGAAAAAUGGUCAGCAGAGUUGCUACACUCGAUUUCAAGAGAGUUAACUUUAAGCUACUCAGUGAGCUAGUUAGCAGUGUCCCCUGGGAAUCUGCUUUUGAGGGCUUAGGGGUAUGUGAGUUCUGGUCAGUUUUUAAGAACCACCUUUUAAAAGCACAAGAGCAGGCAAUCCCUUUGUGUUGGAAGUCAAGCAAGCGGCACAGAAGACCAGUUUGGCUGAGCAGGGAACUCCUCUUGGAACUCAAGAGGAAAAAGAAAUUGUAUGAUCUGUGGAAGCAAGGUCAGGCUUUGCAGGAAGAUUACAGAGCCGUGGUUUGCAUAUGCAGGGAGAAGACACGGAAGGCCAAAGCUUAAUUAGAGUUGAAACUGGCCAGCGUUGUGUCAGACAACAAAGUCUUUUUGAAGUACAUUAAUAGCAAGAGGAGGUCUAAGGAAAACAUUGGACCGAUACUUGUUGAAGAUGGUCACCUGAGAAAUUGGGAUGAAGAAAAAGUGGAGGCAUUCCAUGCUUUUUUUGCCUCAGUCUCCAAUAAUACUGACAGACCUGGGGCUGCCCAGUCCUCUGAGUUGGAGGACCAUGACUGCAGGGAACAGUGACUUUCCAUUUGUGGACACUGAAAUUGUAAGGGACCAGUUGUAUCAGUUGAAUGCUCAUAAGUCCAUGAGGCCGGAUGGGACUCAUCCCAGAGUACUGAAAGAGCUAGUGGAUGUUACAGCAGGACCCCUCUCAAUUAUCUGCCAAAGGUCUUGGGAGUCUGGGAAGGUCCCUGCUGAUUGGAAGCUAGCCAGUGCUAUUCCAGUUUACAAGAAAGGCAGAGGGAAGACCCAAGAAGCUACAGACCUCUUAGUCUAACCUCAGUACCUGGAAAAAUUAUGGAGAUCAUACUGGGUGCUAUUGAAAGGCAUUUAAAGACAAUGCAAUCGUCAGGCACAGUCAACAUGGGUUCACAAAGGGAAAGUCAUGUUUAACUAAUUUGAUAUCCUUCUAUGAUAAGGUCACCCACCUAGGGGAUGAAGAGAAGGUGGUGGAUGUAGUUUUUCUGGAUUUUAGUAAAGCUUUUUUGUAAGUCCCUCACAGCAUCCUUCCGGACAAGUUAUCCAACUGUGAGAUGAGCAGGUACAUGGUGCGCUGGGUGAAGAACUGGCUGAAUGGCAGGGCUGGAAGGGUUGUGGUGAAUGGGGCUACAUCUGUCUGGUGACCAGUCAUGAGCAGUGUUCCUCAGGGUUCAAUUCUAGGGACAGUUCUGUUCAAUAAUUUUAUCAAUGAUUUGGAUGCAGGAGUUGAAUGCACCAUUAGCAAGUUCGCUGAUGAUACUAAACUGGGAGGUGCUGUUGACCCUCUCAAGGGACAAGAGGCCUUGCAGAGGGAUCUAGAUAGAUUGGAGCAUUGGGCUAUGAUUGAUGGGAUGAAAUUUAACAAGAACAAAUGCCAGAUUCUGCACCUGGGGUGGAGUAAUGCUGGACACAAGUAUAAAUUGGGAGAGGAGCGGCUGGAGAUCAGCCCUGCAGAAAGGGACCUGGGGGUGCUGGUCGAUGGCAGGCUCAGUAUGAGUUCGCAGUGUGGCCUGGCAGCCAGGAGGGCAAACAGCAUCCUGGGGUGCUUCAAACACAGUAUAACCAGCUGGUCAAAAGAGUUGAUUAUCCUGCUGUAUUCCACAUUGGUGCGGCCUCACCUUGAGUACUGUGUGCAGUUCUGGGCCCUACAAUUUAAAAAGCAUGUUAAGGUACUUGAAUGCAUCCAGAGUAGGGCAACAAAGCUGGUGAAAGGGCUGGAAGGCAGGUCCUAUGACGAGUGGCUAAGGACUCUGGGGUUGUCUAGUUUGGAGAAAAGGAGACUGAGGUGACCUCAUUGCUCUCUACAGCUUCCUGAGGAGGGGAAGUGGAGAGGGAGGUGCUGAUCGUUUCUCCCUGGUAUCUAGUGACAGGAUGCAUGAGAAUGGUUCAAAGCUGCGCCAGGGGAGGUUCAGACUCGAUAUUAGGAAACACUUAUAUACAGAGAGGGUGGUCAAACACUGGAGCAGGCUUCCUGGAGAGGUGGUCGAUGCCCCAAGCCUGUCAGUGUAUAAGAGGCAUUUGGACAAUGCCCUUAAUAAUAUGCUUUAACUUUCGGUCAGUCCUGAAGUGGUCAGGCAGUUGGACUAGGUGAUCAUUGUAGGUCCCCUCCAACUGUUCUGUUCUGUUCUUUCAAUUCUUAUUCUUAAUUCUAUUCUGUUCUAAUUCUAUUCAUGAACAUCAUGAGGUUUCUGUCUUUUCAUUCCUCCAAUCUGUCAAGGUCCCUCUGGGUGGUACCCCCACCCUCCAGCAUAUCAGUGGCUCCCCUCCCCAACAUGCCAUUAUUUCUGAUCUUGUUGAGAAUAUGUUCUGUCUCUUUCCACCAUAUCACUAAUGAUCACUGAACAGUAUCGAUCCCAGUAUUGUCUUCUGAGGCAUGCUUUUUGUAACUGGCCAUCCCGCAGAUUUCAAACCAUUGAUCAUUACUCUUUGAGCCUGACAGUUCAGCCAAUUUCUCACUGACCUUUCUUAAUGGACGGCUUCCAGUCCAUAGCUCUCCCAUUUGGCUAUAAGGAUGCUAUGAGAGACUGCAUCAAGAGGCUUGCUGAAGUCAAUGUAAACAGCAUCCACUGCCCUCUACACAUCCACAUAGCCUGUCAUUUCAUCGUAGAAGGCAGUCAGGUUCAUAGGCAUGAUUUUCCCUCGUUUAAUCUGGCUGCCUGUUCCUAGUCACCUUCUUGUCCUUUGGGUGCCUGGAAUUGGCUUCCAGAACUUGCUCCAUAAAGCUACAAGGGAUCGAGGUAGGGCUGACUAGCCUGUCAUUCCCCACAUCCUCCUUCCUGGCUUUUUAGAAAGGUGACAUGAUACGUACCCCUUCCUGUCACUGGGGACCUCGUGCAAUUGCCAUGAUUUUUCAUAGAUGACAGAGACCAGUCUUACAAUGACAAACUUUUGCAAACAGGGCUUUAUUUAUGUACAGGGAGAAGAAGGUGGAUGUUCCAUGAAAGAGAAAUUGAGAUCUUGGAGGAGCACGUUUAGAAGUUGUUCUUUUGCAAAUUUCCAGUAGUUCCAGUGAGCUCUAUGGAGGCUUACUGCCCAGUUUGGUAGGUACUGGAGAAGUGCGAAUUAAAAGAAUGUAGCUUCUGGCCUGAUGGAUUAUGAUUUUAAGGUAAGGUACAGUAAAGGGUGAAGAAGGCAACAAAACAGUCGCUGGAGAGAAACUCAUAAGAGGCUGUAACUAGUGCUACUGAAUGAUAGAUUAGCUUCAUGAUUGUGGUAUGCAGAGGUGUGUCUUGCCAGCAUUCCUGAAUAAUGACAUUGAGAUGGUUAGUGCUGUCCUUCAAACUGUAGAACCUCGUGCUGUUACUUUGUGGAUGUUUCAGAGACCUGCUCAGUGGGCAGAGGAUGAGAAGGGAAAUUGGAGGAAGGGCAACAAGAAGGGUGAUUGAGUGCCUCUUUUUUUUGUAACCCCUUCUGCACCAAAGAAAGAAGAUGCUACAAAAAACAAUGUGUGUGCCUGGAUAUCGAAAAGGAAUUAUGUAAAGCAGAGAAGAACUUUGCUUUGUUGCCUUGAGGAACAGUUUUGUAACCAGAGAACGUUUCAGUGAAGCAAAAGUGAAGGACACUACCAGUCAUUUGUUCAGAAAAUAUAUUUUAAUAGGCUGUUAGGAUACUAUCAAAGGAGGACAAACUUCUGUUCUCAUUGUGAUACUGUGUCUUUGUCCCCUGCAUUCUAUUCCAGUUUGUGUUUUGUGCUUGAGACAUCCUGCUUUUGUACCAUCAAAUAUGGGAAAAAUACUUUACAGCAAUGCUUCUUAAGGCAUAAAGCAUAAGGAGCCACUUGCUAUACAGAAGGCAAGACAAGAUGAUCUUAGGCCAUUAACUUUUACCCAGUACAAAGAUUGAACUCAGCAUAGGGAACAUAAUGUCUUAAUUAUACCAAAGCGUCUCAUUCUUAAGAAGGCAAACUGCGCCAUAGAGAAGUGCAGGGAGGCUGACCUGUCACCAGUGCCUGGAGACUGGUGCAUGGCUGGCCCUCAAUCAGGUGACAUACAGACAUGUUGUGGAGACAGAGGGAACCUUCAACAUCCUUGUCAACUUUAAUGUGGGUAAAAUGCCUUCCCAACUGCAAACCUGGCUGUUAGUGUGACUCCAGUGAGUUGACAAAGAUGUGUUAACUGGCAUACCAGGAAAAGAUAAUUCUUGUACCAGCUCAAAGAAUUGGUAAAAGUGGAAAACGGACUGGUACAGCCUGUUACGUUGGAGAAAGAUGCAAAAUACAUAUACCUGCAGACAGUAAUCAGAAAAAGUAUUGCUGAGCCCUGCAUGUAUGCCCUAGAGUAUUCAUUGUCUUACAGCAGAGCUGCCAGUAUUAUGAGGAUGAUCAGGGUUUUGCAAAGCUGCCCUCUUUUCCUUGUAACCUCUGAAGGAAAUGAGAUGAACAGCAUAAGAAAGGCUACACUGGGUCAGACGAAAGGUCUGUCUGGGUUGGUAGUCUGUCUCUCACAGUGGCCAGGUUUGUAUGCCUACGGGGUACUGUAAAGACAAAGUAGUUAUACAGUGAUACUUUCCUUUUAUGUUCUCUUAGCCCAGUGUCCUGUCUCAAAAAGAUUUACAAACUCUUUCUUUAAGGCUGGAGAAAACUUUUGUGAACCUUUUGGCUAUAGUAUUUAUCCUGCAACUGGAUUUAAUUAUAUUUUUAGAAGGACAUGUAAUCUGACUUUAAAACCAUCAAGUAAGGAUUAGCUCAUCUUUCUUGGUAAUCAGUUUUCUUAUUAAUUACCCUCUUUAUAGGGAAAUUACAUCUUCUCUUGGAAUAGCUUUUUCCUAAUAUCAACAUGCUGACAUUGUUUCUUGCUAUGCUUUUUUUCAGCAAGGUUGAAAAUUCCUAUUCUUCCUUUACAAUUAGGCUUCUUUGUCAUGUAUACCUACCUAUAUCCAUUCAACAAGUCUUAUGUAAUCCACUAACCCAUGUAAGUCAUUUUUCAUAAGCUUCACACUGUAAAACUUGUCAUUUAACCUUUAAUUAUGCUCCUGCAUGAAAAUCCUUGGUAUUCCACAUCCAUCUGCAUUCAGUUCUAGUGUCUACACUUAAAGUAUUCUUUACAGAAGCAGGAAUACUUGCUUCCCUACUGCUAUUCAGGCUUCAUAUACUCAUGUAUCCAAACAUCAUGCUAGCCCUUGCUGCCCAAACACUGCUGUAACACUACCAUAAAAGCGAUAUUUUGGCAGUUGACUCUGAAUCUAAAGUUCUUACUGCUGCUUUUCAAUGCACAAGAUCCCAGAAAGGAAGAAUAAUCUUAAUUUUUUUUUUUAUUCCAAAAUGCAGUGCAUUUCCUUUAGCAGUAUUACAGUGCAAUUUCGGACUGACAGUUUUUAUAAUUUGAAAUACUUAAGAGCUCAGUCUGUUGAGUUUUAUCCGAAGAGGAUCAGAGGUGUCUUGCCUGUGUGGUACAAAGUCCUUUAUGGAAAUGGAAAUACUAGGUAAUAAAGCGUCUCUUGUCUUCAGCAGAUGGGCAUAAAAAUGAACUUGAAGCUAAAGCCAAAUGAAUUCAAGUUAGAAAUGGGGUGUGAGCUUUUAACAGUGAGGACAGAUUACCCAUUGGAACAAAGUACUGUGGGAAGCAGUAGUUUCUGUGUAUCUUCAGGCUUCAAUUUGCAGACAGCAGCUUUAUGGAAAGAAUGUUGUAGGCAAAUAUAAGCCAUUAAAAUAAAUAGAGAGGCAUCUAAAAGACAUUGAAUGGUCAAUUUUAUAGUGAAGGUCCGUCUACAUGAAAUGAUAGUUGCUUCUGGUUUAGAACCUCAGAGAAGACAGAAGACUUUUUUUUCUGCAGUAUAGAGAUCUGUUGAAAAAUGGGAAGUGUUUUGGCAAACAUAGGGAAAAGUCAUGGUGAUGGAAGUUUUAUGGUGUUACCAAAAGAUUGUAAUGAAGUUUGCAUGGGAAAGUGAGGUGAGAAAAAAUUUAUCUGUGCCACCUGAAAUGAAGCAUUAUUUCUGCAUGCCAGUUUAUUUGUGAGUAGUAUAAUGACAUAUGAGUGUGCUAUCUUCAGAACCUACACGAUCACUCAGCUGAAGAGCGUUCUUGGUGGGGAUUCCCCCUUUCUUGCUGUACUGGCAGCUAGAGUUCUGCUGUGUUGGGGUAGUGUUCCCUGAGUACAUGCUCAGCUUCAGGAGCUCUGUCUCAGUUCAUUCGCUCAGCUGUGUGAACUGCCUGCACAUUGCACUGAAAUCAGAAACAAAUGAGGGAGAGCAUCGGUGGGCUUAUUACAUUGAUAAGAUACUUGCCAAAAAAGUAUGCAAUAUCUUUCUUAAUCACUGUAACAGUUGCUUCUGCUUUUCUCUCUCAUGGCAUAUAAGGAAGAUACCUCCUUGUAGGAGUGCCCUUUUGGUAGCCUGUAGCCUUCAGUGUCACACCGAAGAAGCAGAUGGUAGGUUUCUCCAAGUGGAAGGGCUCUUCUGCACUCAUCUGAGAGGAGAUGGUGUGACUGGAGGAAGCAAUUUUCUGGUAGUGUGUUCUCUAACACUGGGGAGCAAUGACUGGUUCAGCUUUUUCAGCUUUAAAAUACACUACACUGUACCUUUGUUUCAAAAUGAAUGUAAAAUUCCAUUGAUGGAAUAGUGCCAGAUUUGAAUUGUUGCUUCAGAUCUCAAGUCCUGGACAUAGUGUUAAUGUCCCAUGCUAGCAUUUGUUUUUGUUGCCCAGAUUGGUCUGUGUGAGACCUCAUUGCUGGAAGCUCUUCUAAGAGUGCCAUGAACUGAGACUGGUCUGGCCUGACCAGAGCCCCUAGACACUGCUGAAGCCAUUGAAUUUUCUCUCGUUUGGCAACACCAGCCAGUUAGCCAAAGCUGCCAUCAGCUGCAUUCUAGCUUUCUUCUCCUGUCCCAGAGGGCUUACCUAGAGAUAGUUCACAAACAGGUCUACUCAAAAUCUUUAAAGAGCCGCAUUGUGCAUGUCCCAAAUGUUUUAUGUUGUCAUAAGAUUUAAGUGUUUGGUAGGGAUUUGACUCUGGGUUCUUAGGACUCUUAUUUUGUGGGUAACAUGUAAAUAAGGAAGAUUCUUGCUUGUAUUCCUCUGUCUUAAACAUGAUAUGUAUUCUCUGAGCGAGGCUCUUGCAGAAUCUUUGUUCUGAUUAUAGAAACUGGAAAUAAAUCAAUACAUGAAAGAA